CGAGACCUGGUUGCUGGGCCUGCAGGUCUUCCGUGUGAUGGGCUUCCAUGAUACCACUGUCUACCUGUGGAAGAUGACUCCAACUCAGGCCCUGAGCCGUCUAGGAGAGUGCUGGAGAGUGCUACUGGAUAUCAAAUAUGAAGGUCCAGGAGUCAGCCAAGCUGCAGGACCUGCUCCGCUACCCACUAGGCAUCCAGGAGAGAACACAAGAUGGAGCUGCGACAGCCUUUGUCACAAUCCAGUUAUGAAGCCCUCAAAGGAGCCUGCACUGUUCCAGACACCUGGGAUAGAUCAGAGCACACAGCAGAUGCCCCGUGGGGACAGGCUGAGUGAGGUGGGUGUGUGGCCGGAGCUGGAAGCUGAAGGACUGUGGGGUCAUCAGGUUGGAUGUGAGCAGAGGACCCCACCAUCGGUCUUGCCCGUCCUGGCCCUGUUCAUGGGUCCAGACACUGAGGAAAUGUCGCUCACAGCCCAGCAUUUCCUCAUAGGUCCUGCGUGAGCCAGGGCUCAGGGGUCUCUUCCCAGAAGAGCUGAGUCAGUCUGGGCCUCUGCUUCCUGAGGACCAUCUUGUAGGCCUACGUGGAAGCUGCCUGGCCCUUCUUGGAACCAGGGCUGCGCCAACGGAUGUCCAUAGCCUUUGCGCUGGUUACAGGACAGAGGCCCCAAGUGCCAACCAGCAGCCAUGGGCACCAGCCCCUCAGCCCCACCCCGGCUCGUCUUCAGGGUGCUCAGGGCCUUCCUGCUCCUGGCCCCCUCCCUGCGUGCUCAGCAUACAAGGUGGGACAACCCCACCUGCACGGAGGGCGUGGUGUCCGUGCCCAGGGGCGGGAGAGCCGUGAUGGCCUGCAACAGCUCCAACGCCUUCACCCACAUCCACAUCCUGCUGAGCGCCCACGGCGAGACCAGGCUCAUCUUCACAGAGCAGACCCCGGGAAGCUUCUCCCGGCAAGGGUGGCAGCUCCAGGUUCGAGGGGGCCAGGCCCAGCUGGUCAUCCAAGCUGCCCAGGAUGCCCACGCAGGGCAGUACCGCUGGCAUCUUCGGGGACUGCAGAGAUACAACAGGGUCACUGUGCUGAACGUCUCAGAGCCCCAAGACCAGGAGGAGGAGCCAGGUGCAGCGCUGUCCGAGUCUUCCUGGGGUGUUUCACCCCUGCUGCCAGGGUCUGAGCCUGGCCUGACCUUGCCUCCCUCCGAUCCUGUGAGCCAGAGUCGAGAGGGAGCUGAGCACUGUGCACCUGGAGUGUGGACCUCAGCCCCGGGGUUCACACAGCAUGGCACCCUCUGGGCUCCAGAUCGGCCAUGGCUGCCACGGGGAGAGCUGCAGGCCCUGUCACCUACUGUCAGGAAGGAGAGAAAGCCUGUGUGCUUGGACAGUUCACAGGGGACACAGACAGGGGACAAGGAGGUAUGAGAAAGACAGUCUUUCUGUCCAAAGGGAUAUUUCAGAUAACUCCAUUUUAUACAACUCUCCUUUUCUAAAACCCUAUUUCUGUAAAAUGUACAUGUACUUGUGUCACCAUUUCUUAGAAAGGCAACGUAAGACAAAAGGCCAAACACCAGUCCACUUGCCAUACAUUUUUGCGUGUAACAUAGAGAUUUGUGAGUCACAGGAUCUGUUCUGCCCAGCAACUGCAACUCAUAAGAAUUCACCAAUCAGGUUAGACUGUAAGGCUAGGCCCCCAGCAUGGAGCAUCAGGGAAUAAAAACCCAGCAGACUCCUUAGUGUGCUGCCUGGCUUUGUUCAGCCUGCCACGUACCCUCUGCAGAAGAAAAGCAUUGCCAAAGGAUUUUCAAAGGCCUGGUUUCUUUUGUCCUGUUUGCAGCAUCAGGAAAUUUAUGUCCAACAAAGGGGCUCAUGUGGGAGCGGGGUAGGAAGAGCGGGAGCAUCCUGGGCCUCUCAGUCACUCACACAGGAACAGGAGACAGACCCCGGUCCCCAGGCCCCCAGUCCUGUGCUCCUAGCUGCUCCUUCUGCUCUCUCACCUUGCUCCACAUGUGGGAACAUCUCAAAUUGCACCCCCUGCCUCUGAUCAGGAGCUUGGGUACCUUUCCUCCUGCCAGACCCCAAAGACCUGGUGCCUCCAUGCAAUCCCUGGGUCUUGCAGCUUUGCUGCAGGUGGAUCUCAGGCCCACCAGGCAGGCAAACCUCCAGCCAGGGAAGGACCCAGGGGCCAAGAUGGGAGGGGAGGCCUGAGAGGCUGUGCUACACCACGCCCACCACCAGUGGGCAGAGCGGGCCUACUGCAGGGAGCCCUAGGGAUGAGGUGGGAGGAGGGACAGAUGCUUUGCUGGGGCCCCAACCUCCAGCCCCA